CCGGAUGUGGGCGCGGCCAAGAGCUAGAACCCGGAGAACCUCUACCGCUGCGUUUUGAAGGGACAGAACUGAGUCUUCGUAAUUAUCAUGUGACAGGGUCUGGAUUUAAUGGGGGGGGAACUGUGGAAGAGGAUAAAGAUCCAAACUGGCGAAUUUCCUGACCUCCACGGCCCCCGCUGCUGUACCGCAAGCCGUACUGCUCGGUCUCAGCCUUUCCUUCCAAAUUUGGUCUCACCAUUAUCUGGCAGCCUCUGGCAAGGAAAGGAGGCAUAUAAUGGAAAAUGCCUUCCUGGGAGCAAAAACACUGCAGUAUAAAGCAUUUGCCAAUUAAGUACACAAGUUGAAAGUGCAGGGUAUGGGGAAAGAGAAUACUCAUACAUCACUUGAGAUACAGCAAUGUGUGUACAAGAGUACCAUGAUCAUCACCCUGCUAAGUACAGGGUAUUUUUUCAGUUUUUCGACCCUGAAGCAGCCUCUUUAAACUGUUUAAAUGAGAAUGUCCUUGGCUCAGAGAGUACUACUCACCUGGCUUUUCACAUUACUCUUCUUGAUCAUGUUGGUGUUGAAACUGGAUGAGAAGGCACCUUGGAACUGGUUCCUCAUAUUUAUUCCAGUAUGGAUAUUUGAUACUAUCCUUCUUGUCAUGCUGAUUGUGAAAAUGGCUGGGCGAUGUAAGUCUGGUUUUGACCCUCGUCAUGGAUCACACAAUAUUAAAAAAAAAGCCUGGUACCUCAUUGCAAUGUUACUUAAAUUAGCUUUCUGCCUGGCACUCUGUGCUAAACUGGAACAAUUUACUACCAUGAAUGUGUCCUAUGUCUUCAUUCCUUUAUGGGCUCUACUGGCAGGGGCCUUAACAGAACUUGGAUAUAAUGUCUUUUUUGUGAGAGACUGACUUCUGAAGUACAUCAUCUCAUUUCUGUUGCUGUUCAAAAGCUAUAAUUAAAGUGUUCUGAAUCUCUGCAAGCCUCAAGAGAAUGAGAGAACUGAGGGAAAAUACCUAAUAUAGUUUCCUACUUUCAUAAAACAGGAUUCAUGUGUCAUGGACUCCUACUCAACCCAAAACUGAAUUAUUUUCAAUAUAUGAGUAAUUGAUGUACUAAUUACCCCUAUGUAAAUAAAGUUUGUUUUGACUUCA